AUGGCCGCCAAAAUCGUUUCCGUAGAUGAGCUCAGGCAACAUAAGACCAAAGAUUCACUCUACGUCUUGAUCCACGGCAACGUAUACGAUGUCACCAAGUUCUUGGAUGAGCAUCCAGGAGGCGACGAGGUCAUCUUAGCUGAAGCCGGCCAAGAUGCAACUGAAGCCUUUGAGGAUGUUGGCCACUCGGACGAGGCUCGUGCUCUCCUCCCUGGCAUGCUCGUUGGCGAAUUCGAGAAAGGCUCAGAAGCCCAACUCAAAUCCGGCGCCGCUGCUGCCCAGGCACAAAGAAUGAGCAGCGCAGUUGAGCAAGGAUCUAACAUGAUGUAUUUCGUUCCCCUCGGCCUCCUAGGCGCCUACUUUGCGUGGCGCUACUACGCGACUGGUGCUCUAUAG